AUGGCGGCCCCGAUCCUUCGACGCUCCCUCGCCAGGGCAGUAUCGACAACAUCCACCCGACCCAUCUUCCACAUCCAAAGACCCUGCCAGCGACGGUGGGAUUCCACAGCUGCUGCUGCAAACCCAAAGCUCACACAGAUCGUUGAUCAGAUAUCUACUCUAACAUUGCUGGAGACUGCGGAUUUGGUUGGUCUGUUAAAGACCCGCCUAAACAUCCCAGAUACCCUUCUCGCCGCCCCCGCCGCCGCUCCAUCAGCCGCCCCCGCAGCAGCAGCACCAGUAGAGGAAGAAGCAGCAGCCGAAGAAGAAAAGACCCUGUUCAACGUAAAACUCGCCUCUUUCGAUGCCGGUUCCAAACCAAAGAUCAUUAAGGAAGUAAAGGCGCUUUUGGGUUUAUCGUUAGUCGACUCCAAGAAGUUCGUGGAGGCUGCACCGAAGAUGUUGAAGGAAGGGUUGACAAAGGAUGAUGCCGAGAAGAUGAAGAAGACUCUUGAGGCUUUGGGAGCUAAGAUUGAUCUCGAGUAA